GUGACGUCACCCAAAUAGGCCACGCCCACAGCUCCCAGCAAUGGAGGAAUGAGCAAGAUGGUCGUGUACAUUUGUGCGUCCUCGCUCGUUAACUUCAUGUAUUUGUGGCUAUAAUCUAUUUCCAUGUAGGUGUGAUGGCGUUGGACGUACAAAAAAGAUACGUAAGGCGAAAACAGCCGAGAGUUUCCGCCGAGGUAAACGAGCGCGGUGCUGCCUUGUCGUGCUAACCGGGCGGUCAAAGGUAGCCUGGCCGGGAUGAAGACGAAGAAGUACGAAAGUGUGAUGGAGAUGUUUGAAGGAGGGAACCACCUGCUCACUAUGUGCGCGCCUAUGGUUCGAUAUUCCAAGCUGCCUUUCAGGUCCUUGGUGCGGAAGUACAACUGCGAUGUUUGCUUCACUCCCAUGAUCGUCGCGUCCGACUUUGUGCGAUCCGUCAAGGCCCGAGACAGCGAAUUCACCACCAACGAGGGUGACAGACCGCUGAUUGUGCAGUUUGCCGCCCACGAUGCCCAGACUUUGGCCGAUGCAACCUCGGCAGUCGCGCCUUUCUCAGACGGAGUUGACCUCAACUGCGGAUGUCCCCAGAGGUGGGCCAUGUCCGCAGGCUACGGCGCUUGUCUCAUCAACAAACCUGAGCUGGUGAAAGACAUGGUCCGCCAGGUGAGGAACCAGGUGUCCAAUCCAGACUACACAGCGUCCAUCAAGAUAAGAAUCCACACCGACCUGAGGAGGACCGUGGAUCUGUGCCAGAAGGCGGAGGCGGCGGGGGUGUCGUGGAUCACGGUGCACGGCCGCACGUCGGAGGAGCGCCACCAGCCGGUCCACUACGACGCCAUAAAGACCAUCAAGGACAGCGUGUCCAUCCCCGUCAUUGCCAACGGGGACGUCAAGUACCAGCGCGAUGUGGACGCCAUUCGCCAGCGCACGGGCGCUGAUGGUGUGAUGGUAGCCCGAGGGCUGCUGGCGAACCCUGCUUUGUUCGCCGGCUACGAAGACACCCCGUUGGAGUGUGUGUGGGACUGGGUGGAUAUCUCCACACAGCAGGGCACGCCCUUCACCUGCUUCCACAAUCAUCUCAUCUACAUGCUGGACAGAGUUAGCUCCCAGCCUGAGAGGAAAGUGUUCAAUUCCCUCAGCAGCACAUCAGCCGUCAUUGACUACUUGCAGACUACAUAUGGAGCGGUGCAGGAUGUGGUCACCUGACUGCAGUUUUACAUUUUAGAUUUGUAUUUAUGUACUUAAUAAAGGUGAAGUGGAAACCGUC